AGGGAAACUCUUAGUUAAUGUUUAGUUUGUAAUGACUAAUAAAAUACUAUUAAGCAGUUAGUUAAUGGUGAGUAGGUGCAGCCUAAUGUAGUUACCAAAUGUUUGGUCUUGUCACCAACUGUCAGUCUCAAGCUUCACCUGUCUCAUUGUUAGUCGUCUGGAUAAAUCUGGUUAAAUCAGCUGCUGCCUCCUGAUAAAGACUCUCUCCUCGGCGAAAGGCCUCACGCCGCCUGUGUUUACCGCAACAAACAGAUUCCCUUUAAAUUAGCAUCCUGAAGGACUUUGUCAAAUCAAAACCACGUGUUCGCAAACAUACAGCCUUGUUGAAUUAAAGUUCAUCCCCGAAGCUGCCCUCCAUCCAACCUCGAAGAAAGAACUCCCUCAAUUUGAUUAACCCCAGCGUAAUUACAGCGUGCGUCCUCGCCAUGGUUUGCCAUUUACUCAGUCAUAUCAUUUGCAAAUUAGGAGCGUAUUAAUGUGGCCACUAGACCCAAAUUAUGUGGGACGAGUUGUGGUGAUUCUGCCGGAAUAUUUUACAUCUUGUAGGUCUGUUUGGUAUCUGACUUCAGUGCGUAAAAAUACGUCUACACCGGAAUAAACCCAAAGGCAAAAAAACAUGAAAUCUGCUCCUUCUCCAUUAAAAUCUCGUUACAUUUCGUACUAACAAAAAGCUUUCAUGUGUUUGUGACAGUAGUGUUUGUUGUCAGCUGAGCUUUAAUAGAUAAAACAGUCCCAUUCAGAGGCCAUCGGGUUUGCGUGGCCUGCUGCGCCAUAAUGCUCGGCACAAGCCCCUCCAAUGACUGUUAAAUACCGAGUGUUUUUUGUCAAUAUUAGCGAGAAUACUUGGGGGGAGUUUAUAAUUGGACACGUGUUUUCCCCGCUUUUUGUCGUUUGGAGAUCAACUGAUUCCUUUGUAAUUCGUUGUUAAAGCAAUGGGCGAUCCACAAGGAGGGGUAGAGUGUCCUUAAGAGCCCCCUUUCAGCCUUUACAAUUGUCCAGAGCGACCCGCCGAGAAACAUGGAGACCCUGGAAGUAUUUAAUCCAGGAGAUGUGUCUGUGAGGCUGUCACACACAGGAGAUUCAGGCACGUGCAGGUUGCCACAAAAGCCGACCAUCGCAGACUUUGUCAACCACCCCUGCACAGUUUAUUCCCCCAGUGAGGAGAAGAACUCGAGUCCUUUCCUUUAAAACAUGGAGGACAUACUUUUUGACUUCGACCACGAUGGGACCACAGAUUUUGCAUUUUGGGGACAGAUGGACCAAAACUUCCAGUUUCAGACCCAGCUGGACACCUUCCUGCUGGACUGCACAGCAGCCACAGGCCAGCUGUCCCCCUGGUCCUCGUUCGGCUGUCAGUCCGUGUUCCCGGACGCACAGCUGACCUUCACCGACCUGGACGUGCAGUCUCCCGGAGCGGGAGCCUGCGCCGACGGAGAGAGCUCCUCCGUGGACGAACCCCUGGAGGUGACCAAGCGCAGAGCGCGUCGGCUCGUGUCCCAUCAGCCCUACAAGGUGCAGCGGCACGCCGCCAACAUCCGGGAGAGGAAGAGGAUGCUGAGCAUCAAUUCCGCCUUCGAGGAGCUGCGCUGCCACGUCCCGACGUUUCCCUACGAGAAGCGGCUGUCCAAGAUCGACACGCUGAGACUGGCCAUAGCGUACAUCGCGCUGCUGAGAGAGAUUCUCAUGUCGGGCUGCGACCCGAAGUCCUAUGUGGACGAGUGCAUGAAGAAUGGCUACAAGAAUCAAACCAACGCCAUCUGGAACACAAGCGAUCUGACAGCCCGCCUCUCGUGGAUAAAGUGGGAUUAACUGAAGAACAUGGGGCACCCCGAGUGUGGAGGUGGUUCGGGUUUGUUCCUCCCUCUUCGCCCUCUCUCUCUCUCUUUCUACAUGUCAAAGACAGGCGGCCUGGCGUGACAGAGCCAGCCGACCGACAUCUGCGGACUUCUCACCGGGUCACACACCUCGGGCUUUCUCAACCACAUCCACUCCUCCGUCCUCUGUGGCUUUUAAUAUUCUAAUUUAUUGUUGACUGGUAAUUGAGAGCCAUUGUUUCUGGGGGCUGGGGAGGGAAAGAAGGUUGGCAUUGUUUGCCCAAAUGGAUGGCACUUGUAGCGGAGAGAGACAGAGAGAGGGGCACGCUGACAUGGGAUUGAAUGGGCCUUCCUAAGGGCUCAUACUUCUGCAUGUGGCGCUGAAGUGUUUUCUGGACUGGCGCUCAUUAGGCUGCGAGUCGAUGUGUUAAAAAGAGCCUUAAUCAUGGAAAUGAGACGACGGGCGUGAGAAGCUGAUUGGUGCGAUGUGUUUUAGUGUGUCAGGUGCUGUCUCCAAUGAUGGCAGUAAGGUUAAUUGUGUACUGUUUCAUGUGCAACCUCUAUCAUCUGUUUUGUUAUGUAUUUAUUUAUUUAUUUAUUUCUAAUUAUUGCUUAUUUAUUUUAUUACCUUCUAGUAGUUGAAAUCCUCAGUCUUUCAGAAGUCUCAGGCAGUCGCCUGCAGAUCAUGCUGCUUUUGGACUGAACCACCUUUCCUGAUUUAUCUCCCUCUUAAAUGACUCAAAAUCACAUUUAGAUUUGGAAGGAUGUUUCUAUCCAGACCAGGUGACUAAGUUUAUCCAAUUUCUUAUUACUCACACCCCAUGAAUUUUGUCAGCACCUCAGGACAGUGAGUCCGACAUCACAUGACAGUUCCUCAGCGUAAGCUUCAUUCCCCGGCCAAAAAUCAAACAGGACAAAAUCACAUUGAAUCUAUAUUACUUUGCAGUAGCAUCAAAUAAAUCCUAACAGCUGCUCUCAUCACGGAGCUGUAGACACAGUGUAAAAAUACUCCACUACAAGUAAAAGUAUCAAAAGUAAAAGUACUUGUCGUGCAAAACAAAAUGGCUCUUGUCAGUUUGAUAUAAUUAUUAUUAUAUUUAAUAUAUUAUUGGGUUAUUUUUCAGCUUGAUUGCUCCGUUCAUCAUAGGUUUUGUAUAUAACUUGAUCUGCAUAGUAACUGGUAACUACUGCUGUGAAAUAAAUACAGUGGAAUAAAAAAAAAUACCAAUGUUAUUACAACUAACCAGAUAAUGUCUGUAUCAGAUUCUAUGGCAAUGCAAUAUAUGCAAAAACAAUUGUUGAGACAUUUCAGUCCCAUGUCGACCAAAGUCAUAUCACCAGCCGUGUCACCAGGUUAGAAGAUAAAGUAAACUCAGAAUAUCAGUGUUGAGACAGGUGCACUGCACAUGCCAGUGUAACACAACAUUUCAAAUGACUGUUAGUGUCACACAACACAUAACGAUGGUGACACAACAUGCCAUGGCUGCUUUUUCCCCAGCAGUGUCGUUUCUCCUGACCUGAGCUUUUCGUCUCAGCGGUCCACAGAUGCCGCUCCAGGUGUACUGGUCAGAUGUGUAAAACAGGCGAGGGGAGUCAACAACACACCCAUUCUUCUUCAGCACGUGUAAUUUUAGUGCCUGUAAUGGAGCCCUGAGGAAACAAUUCAGUAAUGAGAUCUCCACUUAGGACAUAGCUUGUGGGUGAUGUAUAGCUGAUGAAUUUCUGGUGAGGGAGUUUUGGUCACAGUAAAUUAAAAAUAAGUCCCUAGUUAGUCUGCAGACAGAAUUAACGAGAUUCAACCUUUUUAUUUAUUUGUUUUACUUGCAGUUAUGUGCAGGCACAUGCCAUGUUUCCAUCUAAGAUGGGAUGAAAUAAACAUCAAGGAUGUAUUAGUACUCAGAUUCUUGUCCUCUGUGGAAACAAUCCGCCUCAUUACUUCUGUUUUGUCCCUGUGUGCGUGUUCGAGGCGAGCGCGUUAGUGUUUCACUGCUCCUACAGGUGUUACAGGUGUUGCCAUGACUCCCUCUACACACAUACUGUACACCUGUCUGAUGUAAAUACGCAUCAGGGACCCUGGAUUAUGUGAGAGAAGGUUUUUCUGUGGCUCAGCUAAAGAACAUGAUUUGAUUGAAAAUGUGAAUUUGAGAAGGACCUCACUGACCCCUGUGUCCCCCUAGUGGUAUUGGUUGGUUUGUUUUAUUAAGGGGUUUCCUCAUAAUAAUAGUUUGGAGCUUCGAGUAGGAAAUCAAUAAAUUCAGGGGCUUUGUUUUUAAGAGUUUAUCAGGAACUGUAGCAACAUUUGUGAAGCUCUGAAUUUGACAAAUAAAAUGAGCAUUAAAGUGACACUUUUUGUUGCUCUAAAAGACAUUUUUAUAGUCGAAGAGCAAUACUACUACUAAAAAAAAGAAAGGUGUAUGAGUGCAUGACAUAAAAAAGAAAUGUUUAGAAAAUGAAAUCACCUAGCUGUCUUUAUAUUAGAGAUAAUACAGGAAAUUAUAUUGAUUAUAAAGAAUGUUAUUACUUUUCUUUGUUUCCUAGAUUAAAAUAUAAAAAUAUAUGUCUAAAAAAACCCCGACAACUCCAUCCCCUGAUGAAGGCCAUGAGAUUUUACUGAAAGCUAGUAAAAGGACUUUGAUUUAUGAUUUUUUUUUCCCCCCUUUGGUCAUCUAUUUAAUUAUGCGUUUAUAUAUCCAUUUAGAAAUGGACUUUUCAGUGUCACCACGUAAUUAUCUCCUAUCGUGGGAUCCUGACCCAUCAGAAACAGCUCUAAAUACCAUUCAGAUGAGAUAUGAUUCAGCCAAGGGGAAAAUUUUGGGGGCCAGAAUGAGUAAGAUUCUUCCAGUCUGUGGACUGCAUCAGGCUUUCUCUCUCUCUUUUUUUUUUUUUUAACGUUGGGGUAGUUUAUUGAUUUAACAUCGGGCAGACUUACACUGACAAACACUGUGAGGCUGUUCUGCCAUCAGUCGGCAGGUGUGUUUAUCGUGUUAGUGUAACUCUGGAGUCUGGGCUUUGCACUUGUAAAUAUAAUUAGUGUAUCACAUCCUGUUGAACAAUGUAGGGAUCUGGGCAGGAGAAAUCUGAAACAGCCCCAUCAAAAGGUCACGUAUCUUUCAAAUCAAACUUUUAAUGUGCCUUUUGUUUGUCUCGGGACAAAAACACCAGAGUUAUUCAUACAUAUCACUUGAUCCGUGAGCUACACUGCAGAGUCCACUGAUGUAGAAAACAUUUGCUGUACACACAAAGGUUGUUUUCAGAAAAUAUGGCUGCAAUUUAUGUGUAUAUCAAGUAAUAUGUUCUGUGCAAUGUGGCACUGUGACAGUAAGAAAAAGAGAAAUAUACAUCCUCAUAGCAACAAUGUCAAACUCUGGUUCUGUGUGGUCUGUAGUUUCUGCACAUUUUUCAAAGUCCAGAGUUUUUCUACCAAGAGAAAAGUUUUUGUUCAGUUAGAUAUUAAUGAAUUCUCCCUUUGCAAAUGUCCUGUGCUUAAUCUGCUGUGUCUCACAAUACUUUGACAGUAACUCAGUAAUGACUGAUACUGGCAGUGUUGAUUCCUCUGUUGAUAUAAUAUGACAGUCUUUAUCUCUUAAACGGUGCAGAAGGGCUCCCGUCUGUUUUCCUGAUAAGACUGAACGUGGGUAGAGAGAUUAGACAGGAUUACUGUUGGCUGUCGUGACGUUUCUGUUGUGAUCCUGGGAGCUGACCCAUGCCAUUUUUACAUCUGUUGUAUGCAACGUGCGUAACUGCUUGUUAAAAACUUGAACCUUUGUUCAGUUCUGGUGAGGACAGAGGUUUGAAAAGGCAACUGAGUACUGGGAUGACAUGUUUCCUGACGCAGGUUUUACAGCUGAAUAUGUACGAGUUACAGUCCAUAUAUUUAUUAUCAUCCAUGGCAGCAGUAACCUACGACUUACCAUGUUGCAGUCGAGCUUUAAAGAACCUUUCAGAACCUAAAUACUGAGUUGACGAGACCUCAUUCAGUAAUGGAUUGAAAACUAAUCAUGUCAUAAAACUGAGCGUCCGAUUUGAAAACAAACAUCCUCCCCUCGCAAACAAAAAUGCUGACUCCCCUGAAGCCUCGCACCCAGCGCUCGUCACCAUGGUAACGCCGUGUGUUGGCACUUUAAUAGCUGUGAAACUCUAGUUAAAAAGCUCACCUGCUUUUCUCAUUACAGCUCCUCUUCACAACGGCGCGCUUUUAGCCUCUGAGCUAAUAACUCAGAUCAGAGAGUGUGAAGGAAAAAUGCGGCGGCGUCUUUACAAUGUGUCCCGGGGGCCUUCGCUCAGGGGGGGUGGAUGUGUAGGACACACACACACACACACAUUUGAAGCCUUCUCAGAUGAGCACUGAAACGUUGAAUAAUUUCCUCCUUGAAUUAGAGCUGCAGCCUACUCACUCUGCAUGGAGAGAAUAAACAUUCAGACUCUGUAGUGUGAGCUAAGAAAAGGGCUGUGACAUUAACUGUGAAGUGAAAGUUUCAUGCAGCUUAAUGAAACAGAUGGAGGGUGUAGAAAUGAAUUAUCUUCUGACUUUAGGCCACAGAGUAGAUUUAUUGUCCUGUAGCGUGAGGAUAGACCCACAGCUGCGUCUGUAGCAGAGCUGAGAGCUGAUGUUGUUGGUGACACAGGUGACACUGAGGCAGCGACAGUGGACUGUAAACGCCACCCCUGUGUUGACAUCCGGCGAGCUUCACCCUGCCUGUCCUAGCCCAAUCAACAGAACAAACACCACCACUGUUUGCCCAGCCUUCCAGCUCUGCCACCCCCCCCCCACCCAGAGUGCCUGAGCUCUCAGUCUAACCCAGCUUAGUCUAGUCUGGGGCCACCUGGCUAACACAUCGCGCUGUGAACCUGGGCCGACCAUCGUGCUAACCUUGGCACCAGGGUCACAAGUGCAGCACUAAUUAGGCCACGUUAUUUGUGCAGGAGGCUGCUCCAUCAGCACCCGAGUGCACAGUCCCUCUGUCAUUUGUUCAGCAAAUUUACUCUGAACCCUGUCAGAAAGGCCCCACCCCCUCCCCUCCUGUUCAGCCUGGUUAAAGUUCAGAUUCUGGAAGUAGCUCAUGCAUAAUGAAUAUAAUUGUGUUAUAGCCAACAUAAUUGCUCUGGCAACACUGUUUUUUGUAACUGUCAGGUCAGUGAAGUGCGUUUGAGUUGAGCGUGGGUUGGAUUUACGGUUUGUUCCUUUGUGCUGAGAGCUCGCUCUCUCUUAUUGGACAAAACCGAUCAAAUAAACAGCUAAUCCAUUUGUGUAUACAUAUGCAGCUGUGGUGGGAGAGCAGCUCAGGUAUUAAUCAUAUUCCUGUCCUUGAGCUACACACUGAACCCCAGGUUGAUCCCAUUGUGUUUGUAUACAGGGUCAAAAUGACAUUUGCUUUGGACAAAGAUGUCACGUGACUCACUCUAAUAUAAGUUUUCAAAAUAUCUUUUUGAUUUUUCAUAUUUUUCAGCUUCAUUCUGAGGAGCAGUCAGGGUGUUGGAAGUCGGGUACCGUACCUAACAGAUACAGCAUGUGUCUGAAAUGGACACAGUACUGUAUAUCAUGAUUUCUUCUCUCCACACACAUCUCCCAUAGGGUGUGGAUCCCUGGAGACCUGCACUUCAAAGCUUGACUUGUUCAUUGGACGGCCAUAACUCUACAGGGCAGCAGGGCAGAGUCAGGUACGUGAGCGUACAGGUUUCGGGGUGGGGUGGUUGUGUGUGUGUGUGUGCGUUGGAGAAAGGUUAUUCUGCCCUGUUUCCCCCUCCACCUCCUGAUAUCAAAGCUGACUCUGACAGUGGGGGUCUCUGGCAUCCCGGGCCCCUUUCCACACGGGAGACAAAGCAUCGAGCAGCGAGUCUGCAUCGUAUUAAACAAAGCCUAAAUGCUUCAAGCUGUUACACACUCCCCAAUGAAACCUUUAUGAAAGGGCCCCUAAUGCGAUUUCAGAAACACCUUGUCAUCAGCCCUCGGGCAGCAGAGUGGAGAAGUGUGGAUAUGUGAAUGAACGGACUCUUGGCGUUGCUGUGCCUAUAGUUUUAUAGCCCAAUAUGUACCUCAUACUGAUAUUGCCUGUUGUUUCAUUCACUGUCGAGGCCUUUGCUCUUAUUAAAAACACAGCCGGUGACUGGUACUGUCAAAUGCCAGUCUUGUUUUUUUCCUAUAAAUGAAAGUCUGUGGCUGUGCCCUUUGGGACGCUUCAGCAGCUGAGGAAGAGCUUGAACAUCUUACUAUUUUUAGCAAUGAAGAAAACAAUGCUUAAUAAGUUCUGAAUGAUCCCAUUCUUCUUUUGAAGUUACAGUAUGUAACUAAUUGCUUUUUUUUAAUAUUGAUGCUGUGAUGUUUUUCAUACAUGUCUUGUAUUAAUUCAACACUAAAUUCAGAGUCUGACAUGUGAGCUCUUGUUAAGAACUCACAUGUGAGUCACAUUUACACAACUUACAGAAAAAAAAGCGGCGCAAUAAAGCAGACAAGAGUUUUAGUCCGAGACCGUUUGUUUUUUGUCAAUUUAAAAAUGUAAAUACACCAUUCUUUUUCAGUAGGUAGAAUCACACCUUUAUCUGCUGUGUAAAGCUAAUAAAUAUAAACUAUACACUCAUUUUUCACUCUUUUAUUUUAGCACUCCCUGUCAUCAGGUGCUGUUUGCCCAGUUAGAGGUAGCGUAUGUAAAUGGUCGCUCUAAUGGAAGCGGUCGGGCUACAAGUAGCUUUAAAAGCAAUUGCACUGCUGGUAAUAGAAACUGUAUUCUGUGCAAUGAGAACCAGCUGGGCCUUUCCUCUGUGGAACAUCUUUGGUUCAUCUUGAAUCACUUUCUGACACACACACACACACACACACACACACACA